AUGGAACUGCCUUCUGGAACUGUGCUUGACACACACAAAGAAUUUGAAACCUUGAACCAGUCACUGUUGUUUUAUGAGGAGAAAUUCAGCAAUGACUUGUCCUUACUUGUAACUUCCUUCAAAUCAUCUGAAGCUAAAAUUCAAGCUAGCAAAGAGAAAAUAACCCAGCUAAAGACAGUUUUAGACAAGAACAUGCAAGAGAAUAUGAAGAAAGAAAAGAUUCUGGAGGAAAGGAAUUACAAAUUGCAGGAACUGAAGGCUACUUACGAAGAAAUCAAUUCUGAAGCCAAUGAUAUCAUCCAUAAGAAAGAAACGAUGGAAAAGGAUUUACAAAAAAUUAUGGAGCAGAUUUCUGAGGAGAAAGAGACCAUAUCCAAGCAGGACAAGAACAUUAAAGGAAAACUAACAGAACUUGACAAAGCUAGGAAUUGGUUCCGUGAUACAUUGGGUCUGCAAUUCAAGAAAACCUCAAACAAUACAGUUCAGAUGAUCUUUAAAUUCAUCAAUCACAGGAAACCAAAUAAACUUUAUAUGUUCUUCAUCAAAGUUGAAGACAAUGGACAAUACUGCAUUCCUGGCUGCAAUCCAAGUGUCCCCAACCUUGAUGAACUAGUAAAAGAGCUGAAUACCUCAAACUGCUUAAGCAACUUCAUUCUUGCCAUACGAAAAGCAUUUAAAGACUUAUGCUUGCAAUGA